CCUUUUAAACCGACGUACAAACUUGCUGUAUGAAUAUUGAUUAGGUGAAACCUUAUACUCAUGGGACAGAUUGCUUAGUGACUUCAGUUUACGGGUUUGAUCAAAAUAACCCAAACUGUGGAAAUAAUCUAAAGUUUUAUAUCUUGUUCAACAAAUUUUUAGUUGCUUGAAAACUGACAUAAGUAUUUAAUGGUUUGUUUGUUUGGACAGUAUUUCUGUGGUACUGGAAAAUAUUGAAGUUAACAUUAAAUUGAGCUAUUACAGGAUUGUUUUUUUAAACUCAGUAUUCAAGAUGGCGACCUUUUCUCAGUCAACUAUGGAUAAAGGCUCUGAUUCAUUUACAGACUUUUGUUGUUCGUCAUGUCUAGAGCACAAAAUUGACCAGUGGGCUGACUUUUACUGUAAUAACUGUCAAAAAUUUUAUUGUGCAAAAUGUAUAAACCCCCAUGGUCAGUUGUUUGGGAAACAUGUGACAUAUGGAAGGGGAGACACAUCUAAGUGGCCAGUGAUAAAGGAAGUGGAGGAUUUCCUUCGGAAAUGUGACCUUCAUGGGGAGGAAGAUCUAAAAAUGUUUUGUAAUGACCACAGUCAGCUGUGCUGCACUAAUUGUGCUUUCCUCAAUCACAGACAAUGUGCUAAAGUAACCCUGAUGUCUGAGUCAGUGAAAGGACCUCCACCAGACUUACAGAAAGUAUCAAAAAAGAUUCAAACUAUUCUGGAAACACUAAAGAAACUGGAGAACAAUUGGAACACCAACAUGCAAUCUUUGCAGGUCUCAUACAACAAACAAUUACAUGAAAUACAUCAAACACGCAAGAAAAUAAAUACAAUGUUAGAUGAGAUUGAAAAGACCACCGUUAAAGAGCUAGAUGCUGAGAUGACCACUCUGAAAGCUUCUCUCAAGACUGACUUGGACAAUUGCAGCAAGCUUAAAAAUGAACUGAAACACCUCAGUGACGCAAUUCAUGAUAUUGUUGAUAAGAGCAAAGCAGAACUUUCAUUUAUUGCAAGUUGGAAAUGUCAGGAAAAAAUUAGGCAGUCUGAAAGUUAUCUGUCGGAGAAUGCAGUUCAGGCAGAAAGGUUACUGACAUUCCAGGCUGACAUUGAUAUUGAACAGUUCAUCGCUAAACUGUCCGGCCUGGGGAGGAUUGUGCUCAGUUACGCAGAUCAUGUAUUUACUGUACAAGGAAAGUCAGAGUAUAAUGUGAUAAUACCACGGGACUGUUCAAGUAGCUGUGCUAUCAUUGCCAUUUGUGUUCUCUCUAAUGAUCAGAUCCUUCUAGCAGAUAAUUUUAAUUGUUGUGUAAAGCUACUAGAUCAGCAAUACCAGGUGAUAGGACACUGUGAUUUAAGUGCUCAUCCAAAUGACAUUUGUCAAAUCACACCAAGUAAAGUAGCUGUUACUAUGGAUAAGGACACGACAAAUGAGAUCCAGUUUGUCUCAGUGAAUGGUGGACGGCUGGUUAAGGGCAGGAAGUUACAGUUUCAACAUACAUGCGGUGGUAUUGCUCAUGAUCAGAAGGACCUGUAUCUCACCACAGGCACUGCACUUUACAAGUAUUCAAUGAAUGGAGACCUGUUGACUACGCUUCAUGCGGAUACGUCUGGAAACAAUACCGUAUCGACAUGUGCAGCGAGUCCAACAGGUGACAAGAUAUUUGUCACCAACUGUGACCAUGACAAGGUCCUCACCCUGGCUAGAGAUGGUAGCAUACUCUGCACCUUCACAGACCCAGACCUAAAAGGUCCACUUGGUAUUCAUGUGACAGCUCAAGGACAGGUGCUGGUCUGUGGAAGGGAUUCUCACACUCUCCUACAGCUGGAUGGGGAAGGCAGGAAGAAGCUGUCCACUCUCGCUACCAGUAGUGAUGGACUUAGAUACCCAUUCUCAGUCUGCUACAACAGGAGCACAGCCUCAAUCAUUGUGGGACAAUAUGAGACAGACAAAAUUCUGGUGUUUAAAGUACAAUAGUUUUGUUUCAAAAGUUUAGUUACAAACAUUUUGGAAUGUGUACUUUAUCAUCAUUCAUAUUAAUGAUAUAUUGUGUUGCUAAGUAAUGUUAAAUCAAGAUUUUUUUUGCACAAGUACAUUCAUUAUACAAUUCUUGGCAGCAUGGAUUUCAUAUUGAGUGCUUUAUGCAAUUGCAUAACUCCGCAGGAUUUUACGUGUUGCCUCACAAUUUAAAAACAUGCUAUCAUCUGUUGCAAGGAAUCAACCCUUAUUGCUCAUACAUGUACUUUUAUUUUUCAUUUCAAUUGCAUAUAAUCAGAGUAUUGUUUUUAUAUUAAUCUUUGAAAAUGUUUGACUUGCAUACAUGAUUUACAUGCGAUGGUUUGUUAUGCUCUAUUAUAUGUGUUGUGUAGUUAUUGUGCAAAGUAAAAAAAAAAGUGAAUAGUGAAGUUUAGGAGAGGAUUUACAUUUUCAUUUUAUUCUUUAAGUGUAACUAUGUGUUGUGUUGUAAAAAAUAGUUAGUGACAAAGAGUAACAAUUAUGAUUUGUACAUAUUUUUUUUCAAUCAUUGUUUUUAUAUUUUAUUUUUGUUGAUGACAAUUGUACAUGUAUUUGAUUAUGUCUUAUGUGUUAUUUUCUGUACCUUUCACUAUGUUUUGCUGAAUAAAUUAACUGUUGCUUGUUCAA